AAAAUCCUUAUAAAUGUCCCAAACUUUAGAUGCUUUCUCUAGAAGCAUAGUGUUAACAACCAUACCUUUAGAAGAUUUGAAGUUCGUUUAUUCAGUACCAUAAAUAGUUGAUCCUGAUCCAAUCACAUGCAUCGUUGAGCCUAGUAUAAUUUGGUUAAGAUAUUUUAAUAGCCCAUGAGGAGGGAGGAAUAUAUGUAGGAGGUUAUGAAGGAGCAAAGGAUGUUGACAUGCUUAAGAGAUUAAAGAUUAGGGCUGUAUUAACGGCAAGUCAGGAGACAGCAGUUCAAUAUAGUGAUUUGGUGGUUUAAUUCCAUCAUGUAGUAGAAGCACAUGAUAAGGAUGAUUAUAAUAUAUUGCAAUUUGCAGAUUAGACAUUUGAUUUUAUUGAGCGACAUAGGAAGCACACCAACAUCCUGGUUCAUUGUUUUCUGGGAAUCAGCAGAUCUCCUACAAUAGUGGUAGCUUAUUUGAUGAAGAAAUACAAUUUGAAUAUGGAGAAGGCAUUGUGGAAAUUGAAAUCCAAAAGAAGACAGGUAAAUCCAAAUACAGGAUUCUUGAAAUAACUACUAAACUAUGAGAAAUUACUGUAAUAAUAACAGUAAUAAUAACAAUAAUAAUAACAAUAACAACAAUAUUAGUAAUCACAAGCUAAACCCAAAAGCAUCUUUAAGAUGGUUAGAUAACAGGCUAUUCCUCAGACUUAGAUGCUUCCUCAGAGUCGCAUAUUGCCUAUGGACAGCAGAUUAAUAGUGCAGAAAUAGCCAUCGUAGUUUAUGCAGCCUACUUAUUAUAAAUGA